CCGGAUACAAAUUUUUCGUUGCUGGCUAUCUUGGCUAACCCUCGACCAACAUGAAUAUCUUUAGACUGUUAGGGGAUAUUUCCCACCUUGCCGCACUCAUAAUAUUGUUAUUAAAGAUUUAUUCCUCUCGUUCGUGCAAGGGCCUCUCAGGAAAAACUCAAAUUAUGUUUGCGUUGGUGUUUACUGCCCGAUAUGUUGACUUGUUCGUAUACUACAUAUCUGCAUACAACACGAUAAUGAAAAUUACAUUUAUUGUGUUGUCUUACUUAACGGUUUACUUCAUUUAUGUUAAGUUCAAGGCAACUUUAGACACAAAUGAUCAUCUUUUUCGUCUGCCCUACUUUGUGAUCCCCAUUGGUGGCCUCGCAUGUCUUGUCAACCACAAGUUUGAGUUUUUGGAGGUACUGUGGACAUUUUCUAUAUAUCUGGAAUCAGUUGCUAUUUUGCCUCAAUUAUUUAUGAUCAGUAGUACAGGUGAAGCGGAAACGAUAACUGCGCACUAUUUAUUCGCAUUGGGAUCUUAUCGUGCUUUGUAUUUGGUCAAUUGGAUAUACCGAUAUUAUGUGGAAGAUGUUUAUGACUUGGUAGCUAUUGUAGCUGGAUGUGUCCAAACACUAUUAUACAUUGAUUUCUUCUACCUUUAUGUCACUAGAGUACUCAAAGGUCGCCAACUUAUUCUUCCAGUCUGAGAAAAAAAGGUGUGUUGUAAUUUUCGAUUAAUACCUUGUUUAGCAAUAUUUCGUUUGUUCGUUUUCUCUCUCGUUACAAUACUGGUUCAUUUAUCUUAGUGGUAAAUUUGUUGAAAACAUGUUCAAACCUCAAGUGCCCAGGUAAAUCGAUUCGUUGCUGGUUCUAUUCAGUUAAUUUUCUUCUUGAACUGUAAACUUUGCUUUCCUUCUCUUAUCUAUAUGUGUUUUUCUAUCCAGUAUUAUUGACUUCACUGUUUAUGGUUUCAUAAAAAUAUAAGUGACAUGGAGUAUUUGGUGUGUUUGUUUUAUUUUAUGUAUUUAUAUAUAAGAAAGUGUUCUCUUCGCUUCAUUUUUCCUUGAAAAUGUAAAACGCUUUCAACCCAUAUAUAUAUAUAUAUAUAUAUAUAUAUAUAUAUAUAUAUAUAAACGCCGUUUUAAUAACCGGUUAAUAUGUGUGUCUAAGUACCCAA